UGUCCAUGAAGUCAAAAUAUAAGUUAGUCUGAACUGAUGUAUCUUUAUUAAUAAAAUACAGAUUCGAAAGUCUCACGCUUCUAAGUGCCUUUAUAAGCGAGAUAUCCACGGUUAAAAUUGCCGAUUUUCGCACCUGCUCAAAACCAAUCAGCGGCACUUCCGGUUUUACUAUAUAUAGCGAUUGGGGUCUGUGACGUCACAACACAUCAGUUUCAAAAUGCCCAACGUAAGACAUAGAGAUAGCAGAUCGUCAACUUCUUCCGACAUCGGACUUCACAUAUCGUUUGAAGUCUCAUCUUGUGACGAUAGCGACGGAGAAGACCUGCAGGACAUUGUUCCUUACCAGUUUGAACCUGAGGCUUCUGAAUCGAAUGAAAGCGAGCAAGAUUCCUCACUUGGGGGAAGCGACGAAGAUCAGCCGAGACUGGACAACACCGAUUGGUGUACUUGUGGAUACUGUGUACUAAUGCCUACACAGAGGGAGAGCAUCUGCUGUUGUGAAAUUGACAGAGUCAACAGCAAAAAGGAUUCAUCCGACCGAAAGCUUUCCUGCAUCACUCAGCAUCCUGGAUUCUCAUCGGUGUGCCUAGAUGUGUAUGUGCUUGAGACAGCCUACUAUCAGUACCGCUCCCAGUAUGGAGAAUUACAGACCAGCAUUGAAGAAAGGAACAGAUAUACAUCAUAUCGACAACUUGUGCGCUGGUGCUGGGGCUACCUUGGGAAAAAUGUCAGAGUCCCCUUACCAUCUUGUGCUGUUCAAAAGAUAAGAGCUGCAUUUCCAUCUGAAGACUAUGAGGGUUUCAGGGACCCACAAUAAUGCAGGUAUGUGCAAGAAAUGCAUUUUCAUUUUAAAUUCAGCCCUAGUUCUCUACUUACAAUUUGAUACAGCUGAAAAAUCAAAAUCUAAGUCCUUGAAAUUACUCAAUUUUGGGGGUCUCCGUGGCCGAGUGGUUAAAGCAUCACAUUCAAAAUCACACAGCCUCUGGUCGGCGCGAGUUCGAAUCCUGCUCGCGCCGGUAAGUGAGAAAGUUUCCCAGUUUACUUGCGGAAGGUCGGUGGUCUCUUCAAUAAAACCUGGGCGUCACCAGAUAACCGAAAUAUUGUUGAGUGUGGCGGAAAAUAGCAAAAAACAAAACAAACUAAAUUUUGUAGUAAUCAUUAUUCGAGAAAAAACAAAAUUCACAGUACAUGUGAUUGGGAUAUGAAAAGCUAAUUACACCUCUGUUAUUAAUCAUCAUUAUGCUACUAAAAUAUUGACAAACUGAAAAAAGAAA